CUCUAAUGUUCUAUGUCACCUGCAAAUAACCCGGGCGUUCGAAAAAGCACCUCCACCACCUCCACAAUCCACACCAACACCACGUCCUCUCCACACACAAAAGUCCGUCAAAAUGAGCCCGGAAGCCUGGCUCCCGCAGCCCACCUUGUUCCUCACUGGCCUCACCUUGCUCCUCUCGCUGGGCGGAGCGCAGCGGCCAGCGGAGCAGCCCUGACAUGCACCCAGCUUGGCCUCGGGAAGAAGGUUUGAGAGCAAAGAGCAGCAGCCCAAGGGGAGAGCACCCCCAAGACUGGGCAUGGAGGUCAUGGCCCCUGCCAUCAUCAAUGCCUUGAAUGGCUCCUCUGUGAAGCUCUCCUGCACCUUCAACUCCUGCUACAAGGUGGAGAACAAGCAGUUUUCCCUCAACUGGACAUACCAGGAGUGCAGUAACUGCUCGGAGGAGCUGUUCCUGCAGUUCCGCACCAAGAUCAUGAACAAGCAGCUGGACCGCUUCGGGAACCGCGUGGAGUUCACCGGCAACCCCGCCAAGUACGACGUGUCCUUCACCCUCAAAAACGUGCAGCUGGAGGACGAGGGCACCUACAACUGCUACGUGCUGAACCCCCCGGACCGGCACCGGGGCCACGGCAAGAUCAGCCUGAAGGUGCUCACCAAAGAGCUCCCGAAGCACGACUCGACAGUGGCCGUGAUCGUGGGCGCCUCCGUGGGCGGCUUCCUGGCCGUGGUGAUCCUGGUGCUGAUGGUGGUGAAAUGCGUGCGCCGGAAAAAGCAGCAGAGGCUCAACACGGACGACCAGAAGACAGAGGAGGAAGGGAAGACGGACGGCGAAGGCAACCCGGACGAGGGCACCAAGUAAUGCCCCCCCUGCCCGCCCCUCCCUCCGCUCCCCUGUACAGCGUGACCCUCUUGAUGUGCUUCCCAGAGCAAGGAUUUCUGUCUCCCCAGAGCAUCCCUCCUUCCAUCCAAACACCCAAGCCAGCCUGGAGCAGGGCGCAGAGAGAAGGUCCCCGGAGCCUGGCUGUGCUGGGCAGGGCUGGGGAGGGGGGCUGAAGCCCCUGAGGCUGAGCUGGGACCAGCCUGUUCCCUGCUCUGAGUGCCAGAGAGCUGUGAGGAGGUGCUGGGGACAGGCUGGGGCGGGUGAGGGGGGACCUGUGCUGUCCCCACACACAGAGGGACUGGAGUAGGGGGUGCCAGGAGGGGCAGAGGGCUCUGGGCAGACCCGUGCCCCGUUGUCUGCUCACUGUCCCAGUAGAAAAUGCAAGCAGGGGACAGCAGUCUGCCCUUGGGGUCAUCCCGAGGUGCUCCUGCUGUGCCUGGGCCACUGGCACUGGUGUUCUCAUCCCGAGGGAUCCCAAUAGCUGCCAGUCUCCUCCUUGCAAGCUCGUGCUCCUCAGGGACUGUCCCAGGCUGCUCAGAAGUCAGUGGCCAGGGCCGUGCACCCACUCAGUGUCUUGGAGCUUUGCAGUGCUUUGGAACCAUUGACGGCUCUUGGUGUGCAAGGGAUGGACCCUUCUGCUUCUCGGGCUGGUUUUGGGUCUGAGCAUCUCAGCCCAAGGUGCUGGGCUGACUUUUUUGUGUUCGUUUCCUUCCUGGGGAGGGUGAUUGUGAUGGAAAAUGUCCUGCUGAUGAGCCAGACAGAGAUGGUGGAGAGUGCUGGGGUGAGGUUGCUGGGGACAAGGAGCUGCUGAAAGGAGAAGGAGCUUUUGGGCACUUGCUGGGAAGGAGUGGGCACAACAGCAGGCCCAGAGUUAGGACAGCUCAGCCACCCUGGAGCAGCCCUGUGAUGCUGAGACUGCCUCCUCCGGGCUCCCUGCAGGGCACUGCACACUUUAACUGCCAUGGCAAUGCACUGCCAGCGUGCCCAGCCCCGUGUGCCACCUGCCUCACCUGGCAGCUGAGCUGGGUUCAGGCAGGCAAUGACCCAGGGCAGUGUCCCCCGUGGCACCGGCCUUGAGCUUUUCUUCUCCCGUGGCUGCCAGGAGGGGGACAGUGCACAGAGCCUCGGGGGACACUGCCCAGGACCAGGUGAUGGAGGUCCCGUCACAGCAGCACUGCCAGGGGAGAAGGGACACCUCUGCAGUGUCCCUGUGCAGAGAAGGGACACCUUUGCACGUCCCUGUGUAGGUGCCAUGCCAGCAAUGCCAUCGGGCCCCAGGGAUGGCGGGACAGCUGUGCCCUCCCUGCUCUGCCCCAUCGCUUUCCACCCCGGCCCCACACGCCCUGUCCGUGCCACUCGACCCCGCUGGGCUCCACACCGCUCCCCUCCCAUCCGCAGCAGGAAUGUGCCGUGUCCCACGCGUGGCUCCCUUCCCCUGGGCCCUGCUGCCCGGGGAGGGCCGGGCUGUCCCCACACCCCGCACAGUGCCAGCGGUGCCCGGUGCCGCAGGGCUCCCGCACCGCCUUCUGCCAGAGCCGGGCUGUCCCCGGCUCCUGGUGGGACUGAGCCAGCACCUCGGGGGCACACAGGCCUCUGAGUGUUGCACAUGACCAGUCUUGCAUCUGCCUUUCAUUUCUUUUCGUGCACUACCCGUGGAUUGCAACUUGCCAAUGCAUCUGUCUGUACGUAGCUGUGCGCAGCAGCGAGCCGACAAAUACAGAUCUGUACACACAGGAGGGGCUGCUGUGGGUCGUGCUGUGGCCUUGGGUGUGCGCCUUCCCCUGGGCUUCUCUUGCCAAGCGCUCUGCCGAGUGUGGGAUGUUUUUAUUGCUCUUUGUACAGUCAAACAAACAAAAGAACAACAAAACACCGA